AGAGCCCGUUAUGAGCCCGGUGCAGUCUCCGGCGAGUGUUUGUCUCCGGGUCCCGGCAUGGAGCUGACAGCGGAGAAUCACCGCCUGCCCCUGAGCGACGGCAACAGCAUCCCGGUCCUGGGGCUGGGCACCUACUCCGCUCCCCGCACAACCCCUAAAGGAACCUGUCUGGAAUCUGUAAAACUGGCCAUAGACAUUGGCUACCGUCACAUCGAUGGGGCCUUCGUAUAUUAUAACGAGCAUGAGGUGGGAGAGGCCAUCAGGGAGAAGAUUGCAGAGGGGAAAGUGAAACGAGAAGAUAUCUUCUACUGUGGGAAACUGUGGAACACGUGCCACCCACCGGAACUGGUCAGACCAACGUUGGAGAAGACCUUGAAAACAUUAGGGCUGGAUUAUGUGGAUUUGUAUAUAGUAGAGCUGCCGAUGGCCUUUAAGCCGGGGGAUGAAAUCUACCCGCGAGAUGAAAACGGGAAGUUCCUUUACCACAAGACGGAUCUCUGCGCUACUUGGGAGGCUUUGGAGGAAUGUAAGGACGCCGGCCUAGUGAAAUCUUUGGGGGUCUCCAAUUUCAACCGCCGGCAGCUGGAACUGAUUCUGAACAAGCCUGGACUGAAACACAAGCCCACCAGCAACCAGGUGGAAUGCCAUCCCUAUUUCACCCAGCCUAAGUUACUGGAGUUCUGCCGGAAACACGAAAUUGUCAUCGUGGGCUACAGUCCGAUCGGGACCUGUCGCGAUGAAUCAUGGGUGAAUGUGUCCUCCCCACCUCUUCUGAAGGAUCCUAUCUUGAAUGCCAUUGGCAAAAAGUACGGCAAGACAUCAGCGCAGGUUGCCCUGCGUUUCAACUGCCAGAGAGGGGUUGUGGUCAUUCCUAAAAGCUUUAAUCCAGAACGGAUCAGAGAGAACUUCCAGAUUUUUGACUUUUCUCUGACGGAUAAGGAGAUGAAGGAGAUUGAAGCUUUGAACAAAAACAUUCGCUACGUGGAGCUGUUGAUGUGGAGCGACCAUCCAGAAUAUCCCUUCAAGGACGAGUACUGAGCGCAGACGCGUUCCACAUCUAGGACAUGGUGUGAUAUUGUAGCUGAGGGUGACCGUCCCACCUACAUAAAAAGACAAGGACAAAUCAGGAAAAGGCAUCACCUCUGUUCCGCCAGACUUGUGACCGGCUCUUUCUGCACUGAAGGACUUUGACAGCUGUUUUAUAUCCGAUACAAUUGUAUUUACAACUGAGCUGUUCUAUUUUUUUUUAUAUAUAUUUCACUUUUUGAUGCAAUAUUUCUUCCAACCUGUUGUUUCUUGCUUCCAUCUCUCACUUUGUAAAAUAACUAGUUUAUCCGGGGCCGGAGCUGACUGGUUAUAUACGUAACUGUAGUGUAUAUGGAAGAAUAUACUGAAUAGUGGUAUGGAUUGGGUAAAUGUAGACUUCUAUAAUCAAAUUUGGGGCCGGAUGUACUAAGGCUGUGGACUAUAUUCCGCCAAACAUCGCAAUGAAACUAAUCGCAUAUUUACUGACAUAUGUGAUUAGUAACGCAAAGGACAGCUCUUCCGUAAAGAGCUGCCCUUUGCAAAGCCAGGAAUGUGGUUUGGACCCAAGAGGGCCUCUGCGAAUGUGCGGUGAACCGCGUCGGCUGCGGAAAGGUUACUGGAUCCCUCUCAGGAAGAAGCCCAUAGGAUUCUAUUGGGUAUGCUGGGAAGGAUCCGUAUCGGAUCCCUCAAGAAGAUUGGGAAAAGAAGCCCAUAGGCUUCUCCCUCCGCAUCAGAUACCUGGAGUCCCACUGCGGUAAAACCCCCCGUAAAACAAGGUUUUUACCGCAUUUUUCCUUUAGUACAUCGCGCCCUAGGUAUGGUUUAAUAGAUCUACAUAAAAAAGGCCUACAGUCAAUAGGUUGACCCCAAAUGGUCGACGGAGUCAGAAGGUGAACAGGAAAAAGGUAGACAGUAGAAAAGGUCAACGGGUACAAAAGGUUGACAUGGAAAUGGUCGACACAGAAAAGGUUGACGCAAUUUUUUUUUUUAAAUUGUUCUUCUUCCCACACAAGAAACUCCCAUUAGUGUACUGUGUCCCCUCACGUGGCUCGCUUGGCUUGUCACACUUCCGACAGGUUACUAUUCCCAGUUGUAGUCCACGUGGGUUGUAAAGGAUGAAAAAGUUGAAAAAUAUUUAACCCCCCCCCCCCCCCCCCAAGAAAAUUGUGUUAACCUAUGUCAUGUCGAUCUUUUGAUCACCACGACCUCUUGAACAUAUCAACUUAAUGCAUGUUGACCUUUUCACUGUUGACCUAUCAACCGGUCACAUAUAACAAUAGUGUCCCGGCAGUGCCUUUAGUUUAAUGGCUGCUAUUAUCGCACAUCAUUAUAACAGCUGAUAUACAGUACGUGUCACAUAUAUCUGUAUCACAGUAUUCAUGCCCUGCCAGUGCCUUAUACUAUGUGUUGUUGUUAUUAUCACAUACCUUUAUAACAGCAUACACUGUACGUUAUCGGUAUUCGAUGUCGCACAAUGCACUAUUCCCGUCAGCUCCUCAGCUUACCGGCUACUUAUGUUCAUAAUGACAAUUAUACUUGGGGAAGUGGUAAUAGUCAUUAUCAGUCAUCAUUCUGGUUCUUCCGUUACACAGCAUUUGGCGUAUUCCGUAGCUACAGACCGAAACCGUUUCUGCCGAUCAGUCUCCCCAACCGAACCUGCCGGAACUUCCCCAGGAACGUUCCAGCACUUGUCAAGUGCUGGUGACAUAUUAGCGCAAAAUGGAAAUACAAGGGGUUCCCCAAAAUGGUGCAAUCCCUUUAAGGGGUACUGAUCACGUACUUACAGGGGAAUUAGUAAUUAUUUUACUGAGGGGGGGGGAGAGGAGGAGGAAGGUUUUUUGGGCCAAUGUGUUUGGGUAUGUAGUUUACUCAGAACUAGGGAGAUGUCUCGCGCCUCAGUCAUGUUACUAGUUUGCUAGCACUAGUAAGUACAUAGGGGGUAAUUCCAAGUUGAUCGCAGCAGGAAUUCUGUUAGCAAUUGGGCAAAACCAUGUGCACUGCAGGGGAGGCAGAUAUAACAUGUGCAGAGAGAGUUAGAUUUGGGUGUGGUGAGUUCAAUCUGCAAUCUAAAUUGCAGUGUAUAAAUAAAGCAGCCAGUAUUUCCCCUGCACAGAAAUAAAAUAACCCACCCAAAUCUAACUCUCUCUGCAAAUGUUAUAUCUGCCCCCCCUGCAGUGCACAUGGUUUUGCCCAACUGCUAAAAAAUUUCCUGCUGCGAUCAACUUGGAAUUACCCCCGUAGUCUAUAUUUCCGUUAAUGUUGGUUCAGCAACCAAAGUGGCUGCCAACAAUGUGACAAGAUGGCGCCGGCACUGUGACAGGAUGAUAAGGGAUGUUCGUGUAAUAAAGAUGGGUUAUUAUCAUUGAUAAAAAAAAAAUUACAUGCUGCCUUUUCUAUUUCUUCCUCAUCACUAAACAUCGUUCCUCUCUCGGAACAGAAUUUCUCCAUGAUUUCACUUUUUUUACAAUUGUUUUUUUAUUUUUUUAACUUUUUAAAGUAUUUUACAUUGUACCGCAGUCACAACCUACAAAUAUUAAAUAAAAACUAGUUUCUUGGUAAA